AAGAAGAUGAAAGCCAAGUGCACAGCAACCAGUCUCCUCCCCCGAGCCGAGCCCAAGGGGAUUGGCAGAGGGCGGGAGCCGAGCGCAGAGCGCCAGGCAAUCAAGUCCUCCAGGCCAGGAGGCGCCAGACGGGUUCCUUCGCUCGUCGAAGGCUGAUCUUGCUCAGCGCUGCAGCCCAGAACCCUUCCUGCUGGAGAGCCCUUUUGUGGCAGGAUUUAUCCCGCCGGUUUCCGCGCAACCAAGGCGCAGUGUGUGGGUCGGUCACCCGUGUAAGGUAGCGGGGCCCCAGGAGCCGUGAGCUCAGUGACCUGCAGCGGACGGCCCUGUCCAUGGCCGAGGCCAGGUGACGGGCGCUCGGCGUUGACGCAGUCGCUGGCAGUGCCUGGGGUGUCAGUUGUAUCGGUGCGGUUCCUGCCGCCGCCUCUCCCUCUCCCUCCCUCACUGCCCACACACACACACACACACACACACACACACACACUGUGGCCAUGGUCUCCGUCAAGUCCGUCCUGUGCAGCAUCGCCAGCCUCUACCUGGGCUGCUUCUCCAUCUUCCUGCUGGUGGAUGUUUACGCCCGACCCACCAACAACUCGGCCGCCAAGAGGGAGAAGUCGGUCGUCGGCAAGGACGAGAACGAAAUCCAGCCCCCGGACCAUGUGAACGGGCUGAAGCUGGAGAAGGGGGGUAACCUGAACAAGGACUUCCACCAGGAGGUCUUCCUGGGCAAGGAGAUAGAGGAGUUCGAGGAAGACUCGGAGCCCGUGAGGAACAGGAAAAAGUUGAUUGCCAUAUUCGAAAAGGUUGAUGCCAAUGUUGACAAGAAAAUUAGUGCAAGUGAGAUGCAGCGAUGGAUUAUGGAGAAAACUGAGGAACAUUUCCAACAAGCUGCUAAAGAGAACAAGCUCUACUUCAAAACAGUGGAUCCUGAUGGAGAUGGUCAGGUAUCCUGGGAUGAAUAUAGAGUCAAGUUUCUGGCAAGCAAGGGGUUUAAUGAGAAAGAAGUGGCAGAAAAAAUCAAGAACAAUGAAGAGCUGAAGAUUGAUGAAGAGACUCAGGAGGUUCUGGAUAAUCUAAAAGAUCGUUGGUUUCAGGCUGACGAACAUCCUGCCAAUCACCUCCUGAAUGAGGAUGAAUUCUUGGCUUUUCUCCAUCCUGAGCACAGCCGUGGAAUGCUCACAUUCAUGGUUAAAGAAAUUAUUCGCGAUUUAGAUCAAGAUGGAGACAAAAAGCUGACUGUAUCAGAGUUUAUUUCUUUACCUGUCGGCACGGUGGAAAACCAGGAGGCUCAAGACAUUGAUGAUGAUUGGGUCAAAGAGAGAAGGAAGGAGUUUGAGGAGGUUAUUGAUGCUGACCGAGACGGUAUUGUCACAAUGGAAGAGUUAGUGGAAUACAUGGACCCCAUGAAUGAGUACAGUGCUAUGAAUGAGGCCAGGCAGAUGAUAGCUGUGGCAGACGAGAACCAGGACCACUACCUCGAACUGGAAGAGAUCCUGAAAUACAGCGAGUACUUCACAGGAAGUAAACUGAUGAAUUAUGCCCAGAGUGUACACGAGGAGUUCUGAGGGAUGUGGAUUCCCACGUUAGAACAAUGUCAUUUGAAAUCCCUUCAGCUUUGUCAACCCGAACAUGCGCUUAACAAAAUAUGCUUUUUACACUACUCCCAUUGGUAUCCUGUGUCAAUACAAUUUCCCUCGCUGCUGGAUGGAGCUCCUUAACCAUGAAGCAGUAACACUGCUUUGUUUGAAAUCUCCUUGGAAGGCCAGCACAGUGGAAGCUCUAAUACUCUGCUCCAGCAACCACACUGUGCAGUCUUUCAGAAAGCAAUGUUCAGGGACCAGUGGGUGAAAGUCUCUGUUUGCUUCACAGCGAUAACUUGCUCUACAAAGGACUCUUCCUGCCGAGCUAGAAUGACUCCGGCUAAGCUGAGUUGUAACAGUAACCAAGUGAAUUUAUGUUAACCUGGGUAUUACCACAGAUGCUUUGUAGCUCAUGCGGCAUGCUAAAUGCCACUGGUCUAAGUUGUAGUGACUCCAGCUUGUGUGGCUCUACUGUCUGCACCCAGAGCUGAAUGGUUUGACUACUUUAUACUCUUUGUGGCAAAAAGAAGUCUUUGAUUUAUGCAGUUUCUUUAAAAGUUGAGUUUGAGAGUUCCACAGUGGAUCCCCUAAUCCACUACAAAGUCAGCAGAAAGCAAACACUGAAUAAUUUGAGACUGCAGGCCUCCCAAUCACGAUGGCUGAUUGUAGUGUAAUGGACAAGUUGAGCUUUCUCAUGACCAUCAUGUGCAGGAUGGCUAAUUCUGUGGCUGGAAUGAUCAUCUCCCUGCCCACUUGGUUUGUUGCCUUUUUUGAAAUUGCAGAAGUUUAUCCAGUUUUGGAGACGAGAUUAGUUUUGCCCAAUUCAUGAUCACCGGCUUUGGGUGUGAUGUUAUCCUAACAAUCUAUCAAUAAGCAAAACAAUUAACUCCCUAUCUACUACUAUUGUUGCCAGCUUGUAACUGUGAAAUGGUGACCGUGAGCUUGUGUGAAGGCUGAUUUUUUUUUCCCUUAAAUACUAAUCCAAGUAUUAUUCCACAGUCAGUACAGCUAUCUCAACAAAAAUCUCCGUACACUUUGUGCUGGAAAAUAUUCUGGAUAAUCAUGAUGAUUGACUUCUUAAAUAAGUUUUUUUUGUUUCAAAGAAUUAUUUCUGCAUCAGCUGCCCACUACAUUUGACUUCUAGCUGUGUAGAAUGCUGAUUAAGGUUAAUCUAGCAGAGGAACUACUGGAGAUUUAAUUCCAGCAUAAUUCUCUCAAAGUAGGGAUUUGUGUUGGUGCAAAUUCAGUAGUCCUCCAUUGGUAAUGACCAUUUGACCAAUGUGUUAAAUAGUCUUCACAUUUGAUUCAAUAAUUUAAAUUGGUUUUAAUCUUAGUCUCUGAGCUUGCCUUUGCUUUUUAUAGUUAAUAUUUAUUGUUUAAAUGAAAUCUGUUUGCUGCACAUGCAUUUAAAUCAAAUAAAGUCAUGAAUCAGA